AUGUCUACGAAUACCAUCCCGCCAUUCCCAUCAGACGUGCCCGUAGCUGACAUCGCGACGGUGGAUUUCGACCUGCUGUCCCAAGGGGACGCCGAACAGGCCCGAAUCCUACUGCAUUCGUGCCAGAACUAUGGCUUCUUCUACCUGUCCAACCACCAUGUCGACUCGCGAUUCAUGUUCAACCUCGCGGACAGCGUCUUCUCCCUGCCGCUAGACGAGAAGCUCAAAUAUGACAUGGGCACCACGGGCCACUACUAUGGAUACAAGCGGUCUGGGGCCAUGUUUGUCGACGACAAGGGCACCAGAGAUCACAGCGAGUUCUACAAUGUCUCCAAAGACGAGGUGCUGGGGAUUCCGCAGCCCAAGACGGGACCAGAUGGCAAGCCACGCGAGACAGUGUCGGGCCACCACCCACAAGUGGUGCUAGAUCGGUUCGACGAGCUCAAGACGUUCAUGAAGUCAUGCCACAAUGUCAUCUACGGCAUCACGACGUCCCUGGGGAAGUCACUCGGUCUACCCGACGGACUUCUCGAAUCCCUGCACAAGCUUGACCAGCCCUCGGUGGACCAGGCUCGAGUAACAUGCGCUCCUCCCGUCCGACCAGCCGAGACCAUCACGCUGGGCGAGCACACCGAUUUUGGCAGCGUCACGGUGCUCUUCAACCAGCUCGGCGGGCUGCAGGUGCUCGCGCCAAACAAGCGGGAUUGGGAAUACGUGCGGCCUCGUCCAGAUUGUGCCGUGAUCAACCUGGGAGACAGCCUGAUUAAGCUGCUCGGGGGACGACUGUACAGCGCGGUCCACCGCGUCGUGGUGCCUCCUGGGGAACAGGGCGAGUGCAUGCGCCACAGUGUAGUGUACUUUUCGCGGCCCAACUCGAGCGUCAAGCUGCGCGAUCUGUUCCAGCACCCCACGGACGAGGACGUUGCCAGGAUUGAGGCGUCGUCGGGCGAGAGGCUCUUGAAUGCCGAUGAAUGGGUCAAGCAGCGCGCACACAACUGGAACACCGCCCAGUACAAGGGCAAGGAGUCGUACAAGCUGAGUCGAGGGACCGAACACAAUCGAGACUGGGAUGCUGAGCGGGAGAGGCUGGGCCAGCAACUUCCCAAGGCGGUGGAAGCUGUGUGA